UGAUUUGUCAAAUGACAUGAAUGCUUUGUCAAAAAAUCUAAAAGUGUUUGCUGAAUGAAAACUAUAAAAUUUCUUAUAAAAUUCUGUUAAAUAAUACCAAGUGAAAGGAAAAAAAGUAAACCAUGGACGUACAUCAACCGGUAAACAUGCUAAACAGGACCAUGGAUCAAUUAACACCUGAAGAAAAAUGGAGACUGGAACAUCAGAAAUUACAUGAACAACAUAAGGGCCAUGAGAAAAUGCAUGCAGAAAUGAUUAUCAUCCUUAUAGUGACUCUGUUUAUUGCCCAGUUUGUGUUAAUCGAGUGGAAAAAGAGAUGGUACAGAUCUUAUUUAAUAGUUACAUUAAUUGGCAUGUGGAUUAUACCAAUGAUUUUAAGUGUGAGGAGUCACUGGUGGAGGUUUAUUUUCAUAUGGCUAGUGUUCUCUUGUAUUACUGGUCUGAUAGUGGCUAAAUCUUUGCAAAAACCAAUUGACAGGGUAACUCCAAGAUUCGUUUAUAAAUGGUUCUUGCUGGUAUACAAAACCAGUUAUGUGUUGGGCAUAAUCGGUUAUAUCAUAAUGAUGGCCGCAUUCUUUGGUCUCAACUUCGUAUUCAAUGCGAAAAUUAACACAUGGAUGGACUGCGGGCUCCUUUUCAUAUUCUACGGUUUAUAUCUGGGCGUCCUCGGAAGGGAUAUAUCCGAAAUUUGCGCCGACCGAAUGGCUGCCCAAAUCGGGUAUUAUUCGCCACAGGGUAUCCCAAGUAGGAGUUUGGACCCUGGAGUCUGCGCAGUUUGCGGUAACAAACUUUUGGUGGGCGAGAAUGAAGAGGGUAUUAUCGAAAAUACGUACAAACUUUCUUGUGAACAUGUAUUUCACGAGUUUUGCAUAAGGGGCUGGUGCAUAGUAGGUAAGAAGCAAACUUGUCCAUACUGCAAGGAAAAAGUCGAUCUUAAAAAAAUGUUCUGCAAUCCGUGGGAGAAACCUCACGUUUUAUUUGGCCAACUACUGGAUUGGAUCAGAUGGCUGGUAGCCUGGCAACCAAUGAUACUUUUCUUGGUGCAGGGAAUAAACUGGACACUUGGUCUUGAGUGACACUAAAUAUAUUUACUUGCGCUCUUGUGAUCCUA